CUUAGCUUCUUUGUGAUUCAAAGACAAAGCAACAGUUUCAGAUUUAUGAAACUACUAUGAAGUGUGAAACGUCUUGCUGAGGGCGAUCACAAAACAACAACUCUUGGAAUAUAAAUCAAUGGUUGAUGCAAAUGAAGAAAAAACUCCAGAAGAAAUCAUUCCAGAAAAGCAAAUUGAAACUAAAAUUGAAGACCUGGAAAAUGAAAUCGAAGAGGUGAAAAUUGCUUUUGAAAUGAAAAAGCUUGCAUUGGACAGGAUGCAACUUUCAAGGGCACUUAGAAAAAACCUGGAGGAGAGUAACAUUCAGACUAGUGAGCUCAUGGACAACAUGAAACACAUAUUAAAGCUAAAUAAAAUAAUAAUGAAAUUACAGCAGGAAUCUUGGGAUUUGGAGGAAAAACUGCUCGAUGUUAAAAAGAAGAGAUUUGAAUUAAAACGAGCUUCAGAAAGUAAAUUUUUAGAAAUACAGACUGAAAAGAACAAACAGAAAGAUGCUUUGGCCAGUAUGGAAAAUUCAGACAAGAUAAAGACCUUACAACAAAAGCUACAGAAGGAGAUACAAAUUACUACAGUUAUUCAACAUGUCUUCCAGAACCUCAUUUUGGGGAGUAAAGUUAAUUGGGCAGAGGAUUCUGCCUUUAAGGAAACUGUUCUGCAGCUUGAGAAGAAUCUCACCAUGAUCUAAUAAGAAUUCUGUUUUGGCAUUACUUGUUUCUGUCUUUGAUGUCAUUUAAAUAGUAAAUUUCAGGUGAAAUGUGUG